UCUGCAUAAGUCCUAAGAAAAUUGAAAGAGUUGGAAAGAGAGGAGGAUAUGUUGGCUUGUAAGAGUUUGGUUAUCGGCCUCAUAAUUGUUUCUCUUUUUGGUCUUCACCAAUGUCAAGAAGAUCAUGAUUAUGAGCAUCCAAAGGGAAUAGAAAGAUGUUUUACGCGAUUUGUUGGAAGGCCAUAUAGAUUGGAGGAUUUGUGUUGUGUCGAAGCUCCUUGGAUUUGCUUCGCUGGCUACCUUACGGAAGAAUGCAUCAAGAGGUGCCCGCCUCUUCGUGAAGGUGUUCCUCAGCCUCCACCGCCGCGAAAAGGAGCAGCGCCGUCUCCACUGCUGCGAAAAGGAGCAGCGCCCUCUUCACACCUGCGAAAAGGGGAGGCGACGUCUCCAUCACCCAUGUCAUCUCAUUUUUAAUCAAGUCUUUCAAUAAAUAAAUAAACCUUUUGGAUGAUCUC